UGUGCCAGCAGAAAAUCCCUCUAUCCUGGAAGAAUGGUGAAACUGGGGAAUAAUUUCAGCGAGAAGAGCACAAAGCAGCCCCUUCUGGAGGAUGGGUUUGACACCAUCCCCCUGAUCACACCCCUGGAUGUCAAUCAGCUCCAGUUCCCACCUCCUGAUAAGGUUGUGGUCAAAACGAAAACAGAGUAUGAACCUGAUCGCAAGAAGGGAAAGUUCCGUACUCCUAAAAUAGCUGAAUUCACAAUCAGCAUCACUGAAGGGGUUUCAGAAAGAUUUAAGGUAACCGUGCUGGUCCUUUUUGCCCUUGCAUUCUUAACCUGUGUUGUAUUUCUGGUAGUCUACAAGGUUUACAAGUAUGAUCAUACCUGUCCAGAAGGAUUUGUUUUCAAGAAUAACCAAUGCAUUCCAGCUGGGUUGGAAAACUACUACUCUGAACAAGACUCCAGUGCUCGAGGGAAAUUUUACACAGUCAUAAACCACUACAAUCUGGCCAAACAAACCAUCACGCGCUCAGUGUCCCCGUGGAUGACAGUCCUGUCAGAAGAGAAACUAUCUGAACAGGAGACUGAAGCUUCUGAGAAAUCAGCUUAGGAUGAUAAGCUCAUUAUUAACACUAUGUCAUUUGAAGGUAACUAAGGGACUUUAAGGAACUUUUCAUUAAAUAUAAUUAUGGAAAAUUUAGAGGUUACUCAUGUUUAUGGUGCAAUUGCUUCUGUUUGCUGAUACUGCUUUGCAAAAGAACCCCACAAAACCAAAACAAAAAACAAAACCAAAACUUGCUGCAGAACGUUCAUGGGCAUAAAACAAGGUGCAUAUCAGCAUUGCUUUAGAGCUUUGACACCAUUUUCAAUGUAAUAAAAAUCCAAUGCUAGAUAUGUUCUUGCAGUUUAUUGGAUACUGACAGAUUUCUUCACUGGAUUUUCAGGGCUUGGACCUUAGAGAAAUCACAUGUUCUGUUGUCUGAACUGAUACUUUAUUAAUUUUUUAAUUCUUUGUCAUUUUGCAAACUGAAACACCCCAACCAUAACUAGAGUGAUCUCUUGUUUAGCUGAACGCUGUAUUUAAUAUUUAGUUUUGGCUCAAGCAAGAAUGAUAGCCAGCAUUGAUGUCAAGGGCAUAAUGUAAUGACUUGUAUAGAGAAAGAAACUGUCAGGUAGCUUUUUUCUUACAUUUUUCUCUACUGUUGUUAAUUUGUAAGUGCUAAUGAAGUUCUCUGCAACAGGCAUGCUCAAUGUUUUAUUAUUGCUGUCAACAGGAUUUAACUGCAUUUCCACUGUGGCUUUAGCAUCUUGGUAAUGAUGUGCACUGUAACACAAUCUAGAUAGACAGUCUGGAAAAAUGCAGUUUUAGUGAUGGAUGUUGAGGAUAAUGUGAAAAAUACACAGUUCAGGAUGUUCUAAUGAAAAAUGACAUCUUCUGAUCCAUAACUAAGAGGCAAAAGCCUAUUCACAGUAGAUAUAGUCCACUAUGUGAUUUGUUGGAUACAACAGAGGGAGUAAUAUGCCUAAAUUUUCUCUUAUUUAAUUGACAUUUUCCCUUUUUGUUAAUUAGGAAGAGCUUUCAGUUUCUGUAUGGUUUGCAGUUUGAUACUUUUUAACACGCUGCCUCAAAAGUGAAACAAUAGCCCAUGAGGUAAACACAACUGGCUGCUUUAAAGCUACAUGUGAAAGAGUGAAGAGUAGAACUGCUUCUGUACAGCUUGGGAGGGGAAAGAUGUAGAAGAACAUAGUGUUGUGGAUGCACGUUAAAGUUCCAUUGUAAUUACAAACUUAUCUCUUCUUUGUGUGAAACCAUGUUUCAUUUUUAUUAUAAAUCUUAUAUAU